AUUUAGAAGAUUCUUUAAAACAAAACUCCUGUAGUCCUCCUCCGCCAGCUCCAAAAGAUUCAAGUAUUUACUUAACGCCUAGUGAACAUAUUGAUGGAAUGUUAAGAAAAAGUCCGAUCAGUAUGUUUAAUUCUCAGGGUGCUUCUGGAUCUUCAGUAGAAGUUCAAGGUAGGAGAAGUCCAAGAACUCCCCAUUCUCCAAAAUCUCCUAGAUCGUCGCCAAAACAUGCAAUUGUUAAGUCUUCAUCGACGCAUAUUGUUACAGCUAAGUCUGAUUCUGGUCUAUCUUCAAUGAGUGGGUGGUCGAGUUUGGAGAAGUCUCCUGACGGUUUGAAUUCAAAAACGCCCAUUUCAUAUGCAUCCGAGAAUCUCGCACAUAUUGGGAGAAUCUCCCAACAGCAUCCAAUCAACCCACCUUCAUACUCAACAUGUUCUGUCUCGGUGCCUACCACGUAUGUUGAUGUUUCUGACUACAGUUAUGGGGACGAUAGAAAUAACAAUUAUAACCAUUUGCUGCCUGGAGGCUUAAGAACGUCAGCCUUUACAACCGUUAGAACACCUACAACAUUGCCAGGAGAUGUUUUAUCAAAUCAUUCUGAUAACUCAAAUUUCGUACCACCACCCGCUCCCGAACAACCGUCGUCCGCAUCAAAAAGACGUUGCAGAUACGAUUACGAUAACUCAUCCGUACAAAAUGAAUACUAUUAUUACAACGACCAACCGGCCAUAUAUUCUGUUGCUGGAAGCCAUAGACAAGACUUUACUUCAGUUUAUACCAGUGGGGCCGCUAAUUACUUACCCACAACAACGGUUUCAAGCUACCCCGAUCUUAUCGGUCCUCAUGCGUCACAAGAUCAAUACAGCAGUUCUUCCUCCUCAAGUUACAGAACCAGCCACGAACAUCGAACCCAGUCAAUAAGCUCGUAUCCAAUAACCUCCACGAUACCUGCCAAGAGAAUUUUGACUCGAGGAUACUCGACUGGCUCCGUUCCGUCAGGAGGUGGAGUUUCAAACAUGGAGGAGUACAGAACCGCUAUGUAUAGAACUAUGUUUCCCACCGGAAAUAUAACAGAUGCCUUAACAUAUUACCCAACCAAUGCAAAUUACGACGGACAUCAAGUAAGACCUGAUUAUAAUGCGUGGAUUCCUGAACAGCAACCUCGUAUGGUCCGAGACCAAACUUCAAGUACGAUCCGUUCGGCUACGAGUGUCGAUGCGUAUGAUCCGCGAGCAUAUGAUCCACGAUAUUAUGGAACUCCUCGUCCACAUUUUAGAAGAGAUAUGGCAUACAGUGAUAUGGACAUCAGGAGCAAAGGAGCAACAGACGUGAUUAACCAACCUAGUGAUAUGGGGUAUUAUGAUCCAAGUAGCGUCAUAGUGUCACAGUCAGGGUAUAUAAGUAUAGCGUCAGACCUUAAAGAGCCUCAAGAAGAAAAAAGUAAAAAGUCUAAAAAAGGAGGAUUAAAAUCUGCUAUGAGCUCAGUAAGUAACUGGCUGCCAGAACUACACUUAUCAAAGCGCCACCGUUCAUAUUCGUUACCGACUGGAGUACGCAGAGAAGAUUUAGCAUUAACAAAGGAGCCAACUAAACAAUUUACGCAAUCACUCCGCAGCAAACAGCCACCUUCAAGUCGUAAAAAGAAGAAGAAUCAGUUAGUUUCCACAAUGUCAGGGUUUUUACAAAAAGCAAAGAAUAAAACACGUUUACAGCAAAGUAUGUCGGAUCCAGAACAUUCUGAGACAGAAUGGAGUAGUCGCCAUAGUGGUGUCAGUGAGGACAGUGAACCGGACAGUGUAUUUUCUGACGCCCACGAUAAUUCCUUAUUUACAAAAAGGUCGAAUGAAAGUCAAGUGUCAAAUUUAAAUGCGAAUGCCAACAAUGCAUACCAAUCCUCUCAAUGUCAGCCUGAUUAUUCUGAAACAUCAACAGUGGAAGCUGAUGAAAGAUAUAAGCCUGAAGCAAGACAUGACAUCGUAGGAGAUCAUAGAGUAUUAGAGCAAAGAAUGGAACAUAGACCAGAUCAACAGUUUGUGGAUCAAAGACAAGAGCAAAGAGUCUAUCAGAGGUCAGGCUCUAUACAAGAACACCAAAUUGAAUUCCAAAAUAACGACCAAAGGGGGGUAGAUCAAAGGCUUGAUGCGCGAGAUUAUAUACCUGAGAGAGACGACAAGCCGUCAAAUACAAUAGACCUCUUUGAAGAUCCUUUUGGGGCAUCUUCUUUGUUUCCUACAGUAGGAGACGUUAAAAAACCUCAGUCACAAAAUGACAACGGAGACCAAAAUGGGGACGAAAUGUCACUCCCUCCUGUUACGUUAGGCAGUGCGUCGCGAGAGUUUGCUGUGUCUAGAGCUUUAGGUAGGUAUAGGCGGAGGCAGUCUUCGACUCAAUUAGAAGAAACGCCGGUGACGGAAGAGCCUCCUCCACCAAAAACCCGUGACGAAAUAUUUACUGUAAUAACGACUGACGAAGAAGAGGAAGAACUUAGAAGAAAUGAAAUAUUUGAACGGAUUAGUUCUGAAGAGAAUAAUAAGCAGGCUCAAUUGAAUAGCGAAGAGCAAUAUUUAAAUGACGCCAGUACUAAUAUAAACCGACACGGUCGUCCUUAUCCUCCACCGAGACAUCAAGCUAGUCUCGAAAUCCCCUGGGGUGGUAGAGGCUCAGGUGAUACUGACGAUGACAACAGAAGUACGCACUCCUGGAGAAGCACAUCUCGUGUCUCCUCAAGAAGGCAGAGUACCGAAGAUAGUAUAGACAGCGAGGAUGAAUGGUACUGUUACGAAUUAAGAAAACUAGAAGAACUCGAGCGCCAGUCUAAACUGGAAGCUGAACUUCAACAUCUUCAGGAGGAUUACGAACCCGAGGACGACGUGAGAGAACGAAUGUCUUCUGUUUUGCAGGAGCUGCGAUCAAAAGUAAGACAAAACGAUGAGGACAUCCCAGGAAGUCGUAGAGGUUCGAAAGAUGGCAGGAGGGGAAGUAUCGAGGCUGUAAGGAGAAGUAGCUAUGAACGAAUAGAUGAUAGGCCUGGAGACAGAUACGACAGAGAAACACGGAGAGAAAGCUACGAGAGAAUAGCUAUGGAACCGAGGAGGCUGAGCCAAGAGUUUAACGAAAAGGAAUUCAGAAGGGAAACGGUCGACGAUAGGAGAGGCAGUUUCAGAGAUAAAGAAAGACGGAAAUUCAAUGAAAGCAUACGAGACGAUUAUGGCCACAAAAAUGCUUACGGUUACGACGACCGGUACAGCGAAGAGGAGUUUCACAGAAGUGAACUUGAUGAGCUUCAAAGAGACGAACGUCUGAGAAAUGAACGAAUGAAAGAGGAACGAGUUCGAGACAGGCCAAAGUCUAUCGGCGACGAUGACAAAUACGAAGAAACACAUGGCGGGUCUUCUGGAGAAACUAGUGGACCGGACAGUCCUCAGCACAGUGCAGAGGAAUUGGAAGUAGAUGAAGCCAAAGCAGUUGCUGCUGAGUUGGAGAUGAUGAGGAGGUGUUCCAGCAGCAGCGCUGUCCGACAAAGUGAGCAGCGAGGGUCAGGGUCGGGUAGUAGGGAGGGGUCGCUGAGUGUAGGGCCGAGUGAGAUGUCUGUCAGCAUACCCGAGGGAUGGGACACAGAGGAGACGGCGACAGUGAGGGAGGGCUCGGUGAGUGUGGCAGCGAGUGAUGUGAGUUCCGAUAGACCGGGGACGCCGUCGUUGCCGAGGUUCAAGUCAGAGGGAGACCCCGCGGUGUCGGCAAAGGACGAACCUCCGGGGAAGGACGGCCCCAUGGGUAGCAAGUGGAAACUGCUCAAGGCUCUGAAGGAGCGGAAAGCCGAGCUGAAGAGUCAACAAGAAGCUGCACAAUCAGAAACUACUUCCACUCCUACAACGAAUGGUGGUGCUGGGACUGACAGUGGCGGACGCACGAAUGGACACCCUGGGGAUAAUCCGUUCUACAGUAACAUCGACAGUAUGCCUGAUAUUCGACCCAGGCGGAAAUCCAUACCCUUGGUCUCUGAGCUGACAAUGGCAGCUACUAGACAGAAGGGGGCUGGUUUGACUUCAGCUGUUCCAAGAGCAACUUUGAAUGAUGAAGAACUGAAAAUGCAUGUGUACAAGAAGACCCUGCAAGCCCUGAUCUACCCGAUCUCCAGUACAACGCCGCACAACUUUGUCAUGUGGACAGCAACAUCGCCAACAUUCUGUUACGAGUGUGAGGGUCUUCUGUGGGGUAUCGCACGGCAGGGAGUGCGCUGCACCGAGUGCAUGGUUAAGUGCCACGAGAAGUGUAAAGAUCUGCUCAACGCUGAUUGUUUACAGAGGGCUGCGGAAAAGAGCUCAAAGCAUGGAGCAGAAGACAAAGCAAAUACAAUAAUAACAGCAAUGAAAGAGAGGAUGAAGCAAAGGGAAAGGGAAAAGCCAGAAAUCUUUGAGCUGAUAAGGGCGAUUUUCGGUGCGGAGGAGAAGAGUCACAUCGGGCACAUGAAGGCAGUGAAGCAGUCUGUACUUGACGGAACCUCCAAAUGGUCGGCUAAGAUCGCAAUUACAGUGAUCUGUGCCCAGGGUUUGAUAGCAAAAGACAAGAGUGGAACUUCCGACCCUUACGUUACUGUACAAGUAGGUAAAGUGAAGAAGAGGACGAGAACAAUGCCUGCAGAGUUGAACCCCGUAUGGAAUGAAAAGUUUUACUUUGAGUGUCACAACUCUUCAGACAGAAUCAAGGUGAGAGUGUGGGAUGAAGACAACGACCUCAAGUCCAAACUGCGCCAGAAACUCACACGCGAGUCUGAUGAUUUCUUGGGUCAGACUAUAAUUGAAGUUAGAACACUGUCAGGUGAGAUGGAUGUAUGGUACAAUCUGGAGAAACGAACAGAUAAGUCAGCUGUUUCUGGAGCUAUCCGACUACAUAUCAGCGUCGAGAUCAAGGGAGAGGAAAAGGUCGCGCCUUACCAUGUGCAAUAUACGUGCCUUCAUGAGAAUCUGUUCCACUAUCUGUGCGAAGAGAACUUUGGAAUGGUGAAACUUCCUCAAGCCAAGGGGGAUGAUGCUUGGAAAGUCUACUUUGACGAACCAGGCGAGGAAAUUGUUGAUGAGUUCGCAAUGAGAUAUGGCAUUGAAUCAAUAUACCAGGCAAUGACGCAUUUCCAUUGCUUAUCCACCAAGUACCUGUGUCCGGGAGUACCAGCUGUUAUGAGCACACUCCUAGCCAACAUCAACGCAUACUACGCACACACCACUGCGUCUUCCGCCGUCUCCGCUAGUGAUAGAUUUGCUGCUUCCAAUUUUGGUAAAGAGAAGUUUGUCAAGCUGCUGGAUCAGCUGCAUAACUCUCUACGCAUUGACUUGUCCAUGUAUCGCAACAACUUCCCAGCCUCUAGUCAAGAGAAACUGAUGGAUCUCAAGUCAACUGUCGAUCUACUCACAAGUAUCACGUUCUUCCGAAUGAAGGUGCAAGAGUUAUCCAGUCCGCCACGGGCCAGCACUGUGGUCAAGGAUUGUGUCAAAGCUUGCCUCAGGUCCACAUAUCAGUUCCUCUUUGAAAACUGCUACGAACUAUACAGCAGAGAAUUCCAGGUGGAUCCCAACGAGCCCAAACGAGACCCGGAGGACACAGGGCCGCGGUUAGACUCCCUCGACUUCUGGCACAAACUGAUCGCUCUCAUUGUGUCUGUGAUAGAGGAGGACAGAAACAGCUACGCUCCCGUGCUGAAUCAGUUUCCUCAAGAGCUUAAUAUCGGACAGUUAUCAGCAGGCACUAUGUGGGUACAGUUUGGAAUGGACCAGAAGUAUGCAUUGGAAGAACACGAAGCCAACAGACAGAAGGUAGCUGUGCAGCCUGUCAAGUCUUCCGCUUACAUGAAUCUUCACUUUAAGGUGAAAUGGCUGUACACCAACUACGUGAAAGACUGCCCUCCAUUCAAGGAUACUAUUCCUGAGUAUCCUUCAUGGUUUGAGCCGUUUGUGAUGCAAUGGUUAAACGAAAACGAUGAUGUGUCACUUGAAUACCUAAACGGAGCGUUUAACAGAGAUCUCAAAGAUGGGUUCCAACGUAGCUCGGAGCAUGCCUUGUUCUCAAACUCCGUAGUGGACGUCUUCACUCAACUCACACAGUGCUUCGAUGUCAUCAAUAAGCUGGAAUGUCCCGACCCAGAGAUAUGGAAACGUUACAUGAAACGAUUCGCCAAAACCAUCGUAAAGGUUCUCAUCGCUUAUGCCAACAUCGUGAAGAAAGAGUUUCCUAACCAUCUGAAAGACGAGAGAAUUGCAUGUAUCCUGAUGAACAACAUCCAGCAGUUGAGGGUUCAGCUUGAGAAGAUGUUUGAGUCUAUGGGAGGAGACAAACUAGAGGAGGACGCAGCAACCAUCCUCAAGGAGCUGCAACAGAACCUCAACCUGUGUUUGGACGACCUGGCGACACAGUUUGCGCAGAGUCUUGAGCCUCGAAUCACGCAGAGUGUCAAGGAGUUGGGAGAUCUGUUGCUGGCCAUCAAGGGCGGAGGUCAGGUGACGUUGAAUGCACCUGCGCAGCGCAACGCCGUCGCGCAAGAGGCUGACGAAGUCUUGCGCCCACUUAUGGAUCUCCUGGACGGCUCAUUAUCGUUAUACGCUCAAUCCUGUGAGAAAACGGUGCUCAAGAGAUUGCUCAAGGAGUUGUGGAAGAUUGUGAUGAGGAUUCUAGAGAAAGCUGUCGUACUGCCUCCCAUGACCGACAAGAGCAUGAUUCUGAAGAAUCUAACAGACAACGCAAAGAAUCUCGCUGCCAACGCCAAAAUGGAGGACAUGUCGAGACUGAUCAAGAAUAUGGCUGGCAAACAGGACGUCAAGAAUGCGCUCAGUGGAGUCAUGGAGGUAGAGAAGAACCUAUCGCCAAAGCAGUGUGCUGUUUUGGACGUCGCCUUGGAUACCAUCAAGCAAUACUUCCAUGCCGGUGGUAAUGGACUGAAGAAGACGUUUUUGGAGAAGAGUCCGGAACUGCAGUCUCUGCGGUACGCCCUCUCGCUUUACACACAGACAACGGACACACUCAUCAAAACAUUUGUUACCUCGCAGACAAAUGAAGCUGAUCUGGCAGGUACGGAGGAGAGUGUAGGUGAAGUGUCAAUACAAGUAGACCUCUUCACCCACCCUGGCACUGGCGAACACAAGGUCACCGUGAAGGUUGUGGCUGCCAAUGACCUGAAGUGGCCGCUGGCAACAGGAAUGUUCCGGCCUUUUGUUGAGGUCAACCUGAUUGGCCCCCAUCUCGCUGACAAGAAGCGCAAGCAAGCCACCAAGUCAAAGAACAACAACUGGUCACCAAAGUUCAACGAGACAUUCCACUUCAUCAUCGGAAAUGAGGAGCAGCUGGAGUAUUUUGAGCUUCACAUCUGUGUCAAAGACUACUGCUUUGCUCGGGAUGACCGUCUAGUCGGAGUCGCUGUACUUCAGCUCAAGGAUAUUGUUGAUCAGGGGUCAUGCGCUUGCUGGUUAUCUCUUGGAAAGCGCAUCCAGAUGGACGAGACAGGCUGGACCAUCCUACGUAUUCUGUCACAGCGAAGCAACGACGAGGUCGCCAAGGAGUUUGUCAAACUUAAGUCCGAUAUUCGACAAGAAAAUCCCUUGGCACAAUGAGAGGAAUUCGCCUCUUCUCGCCUUGCCUUACUUUCGUCUUCUCAUCUGAACAUCCUCGUAUUGAGCUGCUGUUGCAUCCACUGGAUAUGGUUGGUUUUCCUGUUUUGUUUGAGUUGCAACAGGGAUUGCCAAGCGUGUACUAAUCUUCAAAGACAUUUUUUACUAGCAAUCAACAGACAUACAUAAGAAAUCGUCCAAUUUUUUACAGUGACAUUUUUACUCUAUUCAAUACCCAAAGUACUUUCCCUAUUGUGUAUGCUCCUUGAAAGAUACAACAGCAGUUCAAUAUGGCAAAGGUGUACCGGAUGAAAUACUUUUGUUGAAAGUUAGUUUAAAGACACAAAUUUGAUUUAAUAUCUCUGAACACGAGAAGGACAAUACUGUAACUGAUCAAGUCCGGAUGUGUAAAAAACGCGCACAUUGCAGCCCGACUUGGGGACGUCUUCGACACGACCUUUGUACAAUACUUUUGUAAACCGAUUUUGAUGUACAUAACAAUGUAAAAUGAUGUAACUGUAAUUAUGGUUUUGUCUAUGCUUGAAGACUUCCCCAAGUUUCCCUAAAGAUAGUGUUAAAUUUAGAAGUAGUUUUUAGGGCCAGCUAAUUUUUUCUGAGGUCCUUCAUAAUGUACAUUUUGUGAUUAAAUCACCCCUUAUCUUGUACAUAUUCACAUUUGUUGACUCGGGUCAUAAUGUAUAAAUGCCUUUAUUUAGAGUUAUGAUUAUUUUCAACCUUCAGUUUAGAAAACCAUGAAUUUGUUAAGGACUUGUCUGGUAAGCUUUGCCCUGUGAUUUCUCUUGUAAGCCAAACUAAUCGGACUUCUUAAUUGUGUCAACCAAUCACAGAUUGAUUAGCUUUAUGACAAGAUAAUGCCACAAGCUGGUGUUUCUGAAGCUACCACUGUAGGAGAGUUUUCUCUUUCAGCACUUCCUUCUCUGAAAUCCAUACAAUUAAUAGUCAAUUACUGAGCAAGUGGUUGUCAACAAUAUAGUAGUGUUAUUUUAUGGUUAUCAAUUAAACCAUGCAAUACUUAGUUUAUUUUUUUUUUAUAUGAGAUUAUUGAAGUUACAACUUGAAAUAGUUAUAUCACAUAAAUAAAUGCUUUUGAACAGAACAUAAUGAAGGCCACUUUGAAGACUUAAGGUUCACAUUAAGUCUUACCUAAGUGCACAAGUAUUUCAUUUACAUUUUUUUAUGUAUGGUAACAAAACAACAAAUAAAGGUUAUGUGUACUGUUCUUAAAUGAAGUAGCAAGGGAUGUGUUUAUAUUAACAUUUUUUGACACACCUUUCCUUUAUGUGAUACUUAUUGAAGGUAAAUAUCAAGUGUAAUAACAAGAAAAAAUAAAACUAAAACUUAAAAAUAAAUUGAAACGCCUUAAUGGAAAAAUAAAAAAUAAACAAAUCUAGGGCAAAGCUAUCAGUUUUUGUUAUCUAGUCUUAGUGUAAAAUUUCAUAUCCCUCAGCUUGACAAUAUAUCACUAAAGUUGAAAUUUAGGUUAAGUUCUUUACCAUGACCUAAUCUUUGAUACAAUUGUGAAGGGCACAAACAUCAGAGCCUAUUCCACUGUAAAAUUGUCAGUUUCAUCUAUUAUUUGUCCUUCAGCCGAUUAUACUCCUAAAAUGAAAUGUUAAAUAUAAAUGUUUACACCAACUUCCAACUUAAGUUUUCCUUUAUUGAAAAAAAUAUUUCCUAUGCGCUAUAAAAUAGCUGUUUUAUACUUUUCAACAUAGAACUUGUCCCCGAUAUCCCAUAUAUGAACUAUUCUUAAAAUACUGACUGUUACUCUGCAAAUUCAAACUAAUUCUGCUGAUUUGCACAUUUUUGUAUAAGAAUACGCUUGUUCAGUCGUUGGAUGCGUGUGUCUUGUCUAUGGUAAGGUGUCAGUGUUUGUAUCUGAUCUUCCAAUACUGUUUUUUUCUUGUCAAUAUGAUAUAUAUAUAUUUUCUUUGCUUUUUCUGUUUAACCGUUACAAUCACGUGAUAAUCAGCGCUUCUUCUCUAGGAUAAGCUUAUUUCUGUUUCUAUUCGGAGCCUUUACAGUGUUGAAUGUAACAUAAUAUUUGUUGUUGCAUUUCUAAAUGGACCAAUACAAUUUUCAUUGAUGUAUAUAUUAUUUUUGAAUAUAAAUUAUAAAUGAUUUAGCUCGAAUGAAAUGUUUCCGUUCCUUUUCAGAUGUAAUGUAAGAUACUGUUACUACUCUAUACAAGUGCCAUGUAAAGUUUUGCUGGAUUCAUCACUUAUUUUUUAUCAUCGCUUUUUUCAAAGUUGUCAUAUCAAUGGAGCAGUGUAAAAACUAAUUUUUUCUUAAUAUUGAACGUUCAAAUAUUUCUUUUUUAAUCUUUAUCGAUUGUCUUCAACAUUUUUGGUAAUUGAAUAAAACUUUUCAACCACAAAUAAUUGUUUAUUCCUAUUCCAGGGAGCAUUGAUAAAUGUCUGAAGACUAUAAUAGAAUACAGUAAUUAUUUUCAAAUAUUGAAUGCUUACAGGAAUUGUUUCAAUGUUGUUAUAUUUCUACUUUACAAAGACAUGUUAUUGUAUCAUUUCUGUAAAUAUAUGUAUAGGUGCGACUAAAAUAUUAUUUAAGGAUGUUUUGUUAACAGAAUAAUAUGAGUAAGGCGGCUUUUUAAGCUGGUGCACUUGAUGUUGACUGUUUUCUGUUCAUGGAUGUAGUGUUAUUACUAUGAAAUUGUACAAUAAUAGAUUAUUUUCAUGAAAACCUAACAUUUAAGUGGUUUGUAAAAUGUUCACCAGGUAUUUGUUUAUUAAAAUUAUGCAACUGAAAGUGUCAUAAUCAUAAUCAAAAUUCCAAUACUACCUCGGAUAUCAUGGGUUUUUGACAUAAACAAAGAUAUAAUAUUUAGAAUUGACCAAGACAUUAUUUCUUUAUGGUAUAGGCCAUAGUACAAAUUCAAAAAUUAAGGAAACUUUUUGACUUUACCUCUUAAAUUUGUUACAACCAUCUUGACAGCUUUAUAAUACAUUGAAUAAUGAGCUAACAUUAAUUUAUCUUGAGUUUGUACAAAAACUAAUUUAUAUAAAGAACAUAAUUAACAAUUUACCGACUUGGCAUCAUUAAUUUUAAUGGCAUGGGAGGAGUGUUUUCAAUUUACUUUUCUUGUAAAAAUAAGUGUUUCUAUAAAUCCAUGAUAUUAAUUCAAUCUUUAUAAGUCAAGCCCAAAAGUUUUACACUAGAAAAUGUUUACAACUAUACAACUGUUUUGUACCAACUAGUAAAUUGUAAACUUUUAGCACUGAAUUUUGAUACUGCAAAUAGAAUUCUCAUCCUAUUGUAAAAUCUUAAACCUGUUUUGAUGUGUCUUUAAUAUCAAUAAUGUAAGCCCAGAGAGUGUUUGAUGGCCAGUAAGGCUUUCUCUUUUAUUUUAGGGUAAAUUUUUCCAUGAUUAUUUUUGAGGUAAUGGAGUGUUUCUCAAGUUUCAGAGAAAACAUUAAUGCAGCAAUAAAAAUUUCUAACUAUCCAAUUUAACCCUUCCAAACACAUUAACUAACUACCAUAUCAAAGGUAAAGAAGAUCUAACAAAGAAAAAAUUAACAAAAUGUUAUUAUUACUAAGUGUGCCAGCCUGAUAUUUGGUCAAGCCAAACUCGAGGUAAUAUCGUGAUCAUAUCCCACGGUCAUGGAGACAUCAUCGUUGUUUUCUAGGAUCACUGAAAAAUCAUUAAUGCCUUCCUCAGUCAAGGAAACAUCACACUGUCUUUUGCGGUCCAUGCAAAAUCCUGAACCCUCUUCGGUAACAGAAUCGUUAUCAAUGUCUCUUGCGAUAAAUGAAACGUAUUUCUCGUCUUGCGCGAUAAUAGUAAAUUUCCAACUGUGCGAUCUUCGCAGACAUGUCGGGUAUCAGUAUCGUAACUUUUACCAAUACAAAUUUCCAAGUAUCGGUAGUAUCGAGAAUUAACACAUCCCUAAUAAUUUACUAUCUCUACACAUAUUUUAUCUGUUGAUUUCUCAGUUUAAAUUUUCAUAUUGAUUUUAUAUGGAAAUUCUAUGCCACAAAAUUUGCAACAAAAAAAAAUUUCUAAACUUUUUUUUACAUUGAAACAAUAAACUUCUUACAGUUUUUUAUUGAAGGAAUGCUAAGAUAACCACUUAAAAUCCUAAAUCAUUGGUCAAAAGACUGAUUAAAAAGGUGGAAAAGCCAUCCAGUCAAUGGAAUUUUCAUAUUAAAUAAAUUUACCUAACCCGCCAUGUUAAACUUCCCUAUCCCAAGCGUGAUGUAUAUAACUUCGUUACUUCUCGAGUGAUGUAAAGUUGAAAAAAACUCACUCGGUGAUGUAAAAAAACCCAUUUAAAUAACAUUGAGUGCUUAACUUAAAAAAUAUACCUCUAUGGAGCCAACGACGUUCAACGCUAGAAAUCAGCUGUGCGCUUGAAUUUUAUUGUUAUGUUUUGAAGAAUUUUCCUAACCUAGCUUUUGUUUGUAAAUGAACGUUACCGUUACUGUUAGAAGAUGAGUGAAAUGGAUAAUGAAAAAUAUUGUUCGUAACCUCCUGUAUAUUGUCGGGUCAGGUAAAAUAUUGUACGUUACACGUUACGCAAGAGCGUGUUUACAUCACUUCGGUAAAUUAUGCAACUCGCUUCCGCUCGUUGCACAACAUUCGCACCUGCGUGAUGUAAAAACGCUCUUACUACACUUGUAAGGUAAAUAGCUAUUACAGUACUUGGUUUAUAGGUAUUAGCUAUAUAGUCUUUUUUUUACCACAUGAUUUACGGGUGAAUAAAAACUAUGCCACUAUUUUCAGUUAUUCGAGCAAUACAUUAUGUGCUAUUUUUAAGACUAAAAGGAUAAAGGCUAAUAACAAUUAUCAAAUUUUUUGACAAAAGAUUUUCCGAGACAUAACAAGUAAUUUUUAAUAGCCAAGCAAUAAGUUAACCUUUUCUGUUAUUGAGCAAUACAACAUGUGUUUUAUUUUUAGCUGUAGAUAAAUAUGUAUUGUGUUAUUUCCAAAAUUAAAAAACAACAUCCAUAUUGGAAUUAUUUUCAUUUUGAAGGAAAAGGUUUUUUCCAAUAGUACAUAAAGUGUUUUUAAUAGCUAAGCAAUAAAUGAUCCUCAAGACCUGGUGAACAUUUUCAACAACUGAUGGCGUUUUCAUGUUUUAACAUAUCGUAAAUUAUCUUCUAACAGUUAUGUAGUGUGAUAAAUUUUAUUUUACGCCAAAUAUUGUUGAAGUGUUGGUAAUUUUAAAAUGUAUACAUGAUGUAACACCACAGAAUCUGGUUUUUACUGAAUGUUUUUUCGUACCUUAUGUCUGUCAUUCGUAUACUUCUGAGAACAAACAGAUCAACACAAACAUUAGAUAAUUUAAAAUUUAUUAUGCUCCAAAAUAUUAGCAUUUAACCUAUUUUUUAUGUUUCAUGCUUUGUCUUUUAAUGAUUAAAGUAAUAUUAUAGCAGCACCUGGUCAUUUUAAUAGUAACAAUGUCAUCACAGUGAGGCAGAAAAUCUUUAGUAAUUUUUUUAUUCGGAUGAAUUGAAUGCAAGAAUAAUCUCAUUUAUUCAACUCUAUGGAAAGAUCAAGUGCUGCUUUAUUGUAUUGGAUUGAUUUUAUGUAAUUUUAUUAUUGUAAUGCACAAAUUAUAAUUAAGAAUAGUCUCUGAAGAAAGAUCCAUUGUUUCUUAAUCAAUUAUUUAAACAUUUUCAACCAUCAUUGAUUUAUAAACUCUUUAAACUUUAUACAAAUAAACGCUUAUUUUGUUUUGUGUGGACAUUUGAAAAAUUGAAUUCCUCUCUGAAAUGCAAAAUAUACACUGCACAUUUUCAUAUUGAAUUGGGGAGAUAUGUAAAUUAUUAACAUUUGCAUGUGUUUUUUUCAAAUAAAUGAGAACUUAUA